AUGUCCAACAACGUUUCCCGUCGUGGCGUAUCCAGGUACUUGAAGCUGGUUCCGAUGUUGGGGAGCACAUGGUUCUUCAACAAAUACCCUGGCGCCCGCUUUGACUGUGAAUCCGUCUCGUAUGGUUUCUCUUGGGACAAGGAAUUGUUGCAGGAAUGGCACUGGAGAGAAGCCUUCUCUCCGCAGCCGGAGACGCUGAAAUACAUUCAACGGGUGGCCGAUAAAAACGACCUUCGUAAAGACAUCCAAUUCAACACGCGGAUCACAUCGGCCGUUAGGCACGAUGACAGCCAUACCUGGCAUUUUGUGGACCAAUCUGGUGUGACCUACAGGGCGACAUUUUUCAUCAGCUGUCUCGGCUUUCUCUCUGAGCCGACCCUGCCCAACAUCCAAGGCAUCGCGAACUUCCAGGGGGAAAAGUUCCACACCUCGCGGUGGCCCGAAGAUUUUGUCCUGAGCCGCGAUUUCGUCAAGGAACGUAUUGGCGUAAUUGGCACGGGCGCCACUGCCAUCCAGGCUAUCACCGAAAUUGCCAAAGAACCCAGCGUCAAGUCUCUCGAAGUCUUUCAGAGGACGGCGAACUGGUCUGCGCCACUGCGGAAUACACCGAUCACGCCAGAGCAGAUGGAGCGACUUAGGGCCGAAUAUGACGCUGUAUUUGAACGCUGCGCGUCCACACCGAUGGGUUUCCUCCACCAAGCCGAUCCACGAAAUUCAACGGAUGUCACAGAUGAAGAGCGACUGGCGUUGUGGGAGGCAAUCUAUGCUAAGCCGGGCUUCGCGAAGUGGUUGGGAGCAUUCAGCGACACCUACACCGAUCGAGCGGCCAAUCAGCUAUAUUCCGAUUUCAUGGCAAAUAAGAUCAGGAAAAGAGUGCACGAUCCUGCAGUGGCAGAGAAGCUCAUCCCAAAGAAUCACGGUUUUGGCACACGACGAGUGCCCCUGGAAAGUGGGUAUUUUGAAUCAUACAAUCAGCCCAACGUCCACUUGGUCGAUCUGCAAGAAACGCCCAUCGAACGCAUAACGUCCCGGGGAAUAGUGACUUCUGAUGGCCAGGAGCACGAAUUAGAUGUUUUGAUCUUCGCCACUGGAUUCAACGCCAUCACUGGAGCGUUCAGUGCCAUUGAAUGGAGUGCGAAAGACGGCCGACCUCUCCUUGGCAGUAGCGACACUGAGAAAGGACGACGAGCAAUAUGGGUUGACCAUAGACCAAAGACAUUUCUCGGUAUUACCGCGCCCGCCAUGCCGAACAUCUUCAUGGUUCUCGGGCCGCACCAACCAUUCGGGAACGCUACACGUAGCAUUGAGCACGCUGUUCAGGUAACGUCUGACUUACUGCAGUACUGCAAGGACAAUAAUUACACUCGUGUCGAACCUACGGAGGAAGCUGUCGAACAAUGGACUGAACACGUCAUUGAGGUCAGUAAGGGGGCAUUGUCCCACGAGGUUGACAGCUGGAUGACGGGAGUCAAUACAAACGUUGCCGGAAAGCAGACUCGGAUUGUGGCAAGCUCGGAUUCUAUCUUGCCUUAUCAUCUGCACAGUGUCGACUUUACAACGAUUGACGAGAUGAGAUCAGGAGAAUCUUAUCACCAAGAGCCCUUCUUGUUCCGCGUGGAUACCACCAAAUCUCUUGCCGUCCCAUCAAGGACCACAAAGACGACAAUGUACUCCUCGGAGCACCUCCUAAUGGAACCAUGUGGAAAACCAGGCCGCAAGCACCGCGUGCCAAUGAAAGACAUCUUUCUCUUGUCUAUCGAGGUCCUCUGUCUCGUUGCAGGGUUUCUUACCGUCUUCUGUUCCCGACUGGCGAUUUUCCUCGGGCAGAUCAAUCAGUUGAUCGUUGUUGGCUUCCUACUGGCUGUAAUGUCGGUGUGCCUCGAAGGUCUAAUCCUGCGGACGGCCCUCAUUCACACGGCCAGUCGGAGUGGCCCAACAAUUCAAGAUCUCGACGCUUUGCUGCGCAAGGACAUUUUCGCGUCCAAGGUCAACAUAGCAUACCGCAUGCUUCUGUUUUGCCUACUAGUCCUCCCGAUGUUGUUAGGUAUUGGAUAUAAAAAGUUCGUUGGAGGAGAGAGCACGAUAAUAGUUGACAACGGUAACGGUUUCUUUGGCUUCUCGUCCACUCCGGGAAAGCAGAGAAUUGGUGAUGGCCUUUCCAUCCUCCCCGAUGUCUAUGUCCCGUUUUGGAUAGACCCAGCUCUCAAUCAAACCUAUGGCUUCAACAUGUAUAUAGCUGCUGACAACAAGACCGCGGCAAUCCUUGAUUCUCCGUUUCCGUCGUACCUGAGUGGCCUCCAAUCCAGGCUUUCUGAUGGGGAGACUUUGUCGUUAACCGCUACUGUCAAUGCGACCGUGUCGGAAAUGGUCAACCCAACGGAAGCCGAGCGCAACAGUGAAGAUUACUGGACCGCCGUGCAAGACGAGUUUGGGCAUGAUCUCGCAGUCAACGGCGGGGAUGUUCGAGGGGCUAACAAUGCUCUUUGGGCAGGAAUGACGGGAAACUUCUUGACCAACUUUUCCGUGAUGUACUUCUCGGCGUGGAACACAACGAUGAACGAGACUUUCUUUUCCGAAGCUAUCCGAACGGAGCAGACCCGUCGAAUGGCGCAAGCCACAUGGUUGAUUUCUUCAUCGAACAUAACCCUAGUCGAAGCGGAGCUCAUCGACAACAGCAUCCUAGCAAACCAGAGCCUCCUGCAGAACAAUGCCAUCGGCCUGCAGGAGAUGUUCAGCACAAUGCUGGGAGAAUACGACUGGCACAAUCGAGCUGGGGAUUUUGACUACCCUUACCCGGCUCCGACAAAUGGCGAACUAAGAUAUUUUCAGCCUGUCAAUACAGUACCAGCCUUGGCCGCAGCCAUGGCUUGGGCGCGAAUCACCAGCUUGGACACCAUUGCUCGGCCACAAGGAAUUCAAAGCGGAGAGAUGAGGGCACUCACUGGAUACGAAAAGGCCGCGCAGCACAUUGUGACCGUCAAAACUGUGCCGACCCUCCGAAGACUGCCCAUGCUUGGGGUGAUUCUGUUAGUCAAUCCCUUGUUGGCGGUGACUUGCAUUGUAGCCAAGGCCUUGUUCCUCUAUAAAAGUCCGAUUGGGGAUGACUUCAAUUUAAUUUCAUUAUUCGCAGCAGCAGAUGGCAGCGACUUGAGUGCUGUGAAAGGAGCGUCUUUAACAGGCGAAUUGACACGCAGGGUGCCAGUGAGGUUCAACGUCGAACGAGGUGGGCAACGGAACAGUCGAGGCGGAGCUGAUCACAUUGUCAUGACUUUGGACCCGGUCGGCCAAAGGAUGGAGACUAUCCAACAUGGGAUUGUGUACUCGUAA